AUGAUCCACGUCAACGACAACAGUAACGAUCCAUCGAAUUCGAUAUCUAGAGAGAAAAACAAUCAAGAUCUGGAACCACCAAGUGAAAUGCAGUUACGUGAAGAUCUUGAAAAAGGCAACGACAAGGCAAAAGCUGAAGCAUUAAAAAAGUUAAUUGUCAUGAUGUUGAAUGGUGAAAAAUUCCCAUCAUUAUUAAUGAUCAUCAUCCGUUAUGUAAUGCCAUCACAAGAUCAUACAAUUAAAAAACUUUUACUCGUGUUCUGGGAAAUUGUACCUAAACAUACAGCAGAUGGCAAACUUCUUCAAGAAAUGAUUCUAGUUUGUGACGCUUAUCGAAAAGAUCUUCAACAUCCAAAUGAAUUUAUUCGUGGUUCAACACUUCGUUUCUUAUGUAAACUCAAAGAACCCGAACUACUCGAACCUCUAAUGCCAUCAAUUCGUGCUUGUCUCGAAUAUCGUCACGCCUAUGUUCGUCGUAAUGCUGUCUUGGCGAUCUUCACAAUUUACAAGAAUUCCGAUUUUCUUAUUCCCGAUGCACCAGAAUUAAUCGGUAAAUUUCUCGAUGUCGAACAAGAUAUGUCAUGUCGUCGAAAUGCAUUCAUGAUGCUAAUUCAUGUUGAUCAAGAACGUGCAUUGAACUAUCUUUCCAACGUUAUUGAUCAAGUAAAUUCAUUCGGUGAUAUUCUACAAUUAGUUAUCGUUGAACUUAUCUACAAAGUUUGUCACAGCAAUCCCAAUGAACGUGCACGAUUUAUUCGAUGUAUCUACAAUUUGUUAAAUUCAUCAUCACAAGCUUGCACCAACAGCUGUCCGCGCAGCAAGUUCUUGUUAUAUCGAUUUGAUUAUCAAAGNGAUCGUAAUUGUGUUGUUCUCAAUGAUAUUCAUAUUGAUAUUAUGGAUUAUAUUGUUCCUGCAACGUGCACAGAUAAUGAAUUCCGUCAAAUGUGGAUCGAAUUUGAAUGGGAAAAUAAGAUUGUUGUCAAUACAACUAUACGUGAUCUCCACCUUUAUUUAACUUAUCUAUUAAAAUCAACAAAUAUGCGUUGUUUAACACCAGAAAAAGCUUUGUCAGGCGAUUGUGGUUUUAUGGCAGCAAAUCUUUAUGCUAAAUCAAUCUUUGGUGAAGAUGUUCUAUCAAAUAUUAGUAUCGAAAAGUCAGCCAUACAUGCUGAUGCACCCGUGACGGGACAUAUUCGUAUUCGAGCAAAAAGUCAAGGCAUGGCUUUGUCCAUGGGUGAUAAGAUCAACAUGACUCAAAAGACUGGUUUCAAAGGUGUUUCAGCAUUGCAAAAAUAG